AUGGCAACCUCAAAAGUCCGCAUCCUCGUCCUCUCAGAUACCCACGACACGGCCUUCCCCUCCCCAUCCACCCUUCCCCCCGCAGACGUCAUCCUCCACUGCGGCAACAUGACCACAAAAGACGGUCUAUCAAACUACAAAAGCGCUCUCGAGGCCCUCUCAGCCUACGACGCCGAACUCAAACUCGUCAUCCCAGGCAAUCACGACGUGUCCCUCGAUCCCGUCUGGUGGAAACACAACCUCGAAGAAAACGAGGACGAGGACGAUCCCACCAAAGCCAAAGCCAUCUUUAGCAAUUACCACACCGUACACCUCCUAGACGAGGGCCUCCACACUUUCGUUCUACAAGACGGCAGAUCCUUCACGAUCUACGCGUCGCCGUACACGCCCGACUUCAACGGCAACGCGUUCACAUACGGCCCGGAGGAGGACCGCUUUAACCCCGCCCCGUCAUCCGCCGGCGCAGAGCACCAGCACCACCCGAUCCCCGAGGGCGUGGACGUCGUCGUCACGCACGGCCCGCCGCUGGUCCCCCACGCGGCGUAUCUCCUGGACAAGAGCCGCGACGGCGAGCUCCUCGGCUGCGCGAAGUUGUGGGCUGCGAUUCGGCGGACGCGGCCGCGGCUUCAUUGUUUCGGGCACGUUCACGAGGGGUACGGAGUUCAAUGCGUGAGAUGGGCUGGCGAGGGCGAGGGUUUUGAUCUCGAGGACGUUGAGGUUGGAGCUGGUGAGGCUGUGGAUGCUGGGGACGAGGGCAAGACGGUGCUUGUCAAUGCUGCCGUUAUGGAUCAGGGAGGUGAUGGGAACAGAAGGCCUCUAGUGGUGGAUUUGAAGGUCUCACGUGCGGGAGUAACAUUGGGAAGUUGA